AUGCGUGCUUCUCAUAUUUUAUUGCUCAUUGUUGCCAUCAAAGCAGUCAAAUUUUUAGACGAACCUGCAGUACUAUUGGAGGACGAUGAAAAACCAUACAUGUAAUUCACAGUCUUUGCCUAACAAUCUUCGUUGUUUACAGACGAAGAAUUGGCUAGAAACUCAGAGCCUGCCAAACAAUAUGAAUCUGGAUUCAAUUUUGAAGAUGAAAACUAAUCAGCCUUAAAUAGUGCAGAUCAAUCUUAAGUCUUAUUGGCUGCCUAAUAUGAAAAUGAUUUACCAGCCACUGGAGAUUGUGUUGUACUUUAUUCUGCAUGCGACUUCAAAGGCACAUCAGGAAAAGUAUGUAAAGCUGAGGAUGCCAUGAACUUCCAAAUCCCAAUCUUUUCAAUCUAUGUUCCAAUCGGAUAACAAUUCACUACAUUAGACUCUACCAAAAAUGAAUAAGUAGCCUUCUUGACAAGCGAGAAAUGUUUAAAUGACCCAUUAGUUAUGGCUGACACAUAAAAGGAUGUAUUCAUUGCAAAACCAUCAUUAUCAUUGGCUGGAUCUGAUAUUGCAUCAAGUGAUGACGUUACUGGACCAUAACCAUAGUUGAUAUAAGAAACAUAAGACUAAUUUGAUGCACCAUAAAUUGAAGAAGAUUAAUAAGUUAACGUUGAAUAAGUAUAAGAAUAGGUUUAAUAAACUGAAUAAGUAUAAGAAUAAGUUUAAUAAACUGAAUAAGUAUAAGAAUAAGUUUAAUAAACAGAAUAAGUAUAAGAAUAAGUUUAAUAAACAGAAUAAGUUUAAGAACAAGUUUAAUAAACAGAAUAAGUAUAAGAAUAAUAAGUUUAAGAAUAAUAAUAAUAAGUAGAAGUUGAUGCUUAAUAAUAAGAAUAAUCAUAAUAAUAAGAUUAAUAGUAAUCUGAAACUCCUGAAAUUCAAUAAAAUGAAACAUCAAGUUAAGAAUAAUAAGCUUCUGUAGAUGAUGUGCCUUAGGCUGCUGAAGUACUUGUUGGGUAAACUUAAUGAGAAGGAUUAAACAACAAAUAUAAAUUUAAUAUAUAAUAAUUAUUUC